CCCGCCUCUUUUCUUCCCCCCCUCCCCCUCUCCACCGGAAUAUGCAGGACACUCUUGUGGCCGGCGGCGCCGGGCCGCACCCAGGCGACCCGGCCCCUUCCGACGCCCAGAACCAGCAGGCUCACCUCCUCCGGCACCGGAUCUCGGUGGUGGACCCGAGCGCGCCGACCGGCCCCGGGGAGACCCUUGAUGGCUCGGCCCCGGCGGCCCUCAGCUUCGGUGAUGACAUCCUGAAGAUCACCCCUCUCGGAGCGGGACGCGAAGUCGGCCGGUCCUGUGUGCUGGUGGAAUUCCGUGGCUGCUCGGUUCUGCUGGAUUGUGGUAUCCACCCUGGGCGCCAGGGCCCCGCGAGUCUCCCCUAUCUGGACCACAUUAAUCCGGCUAAGAUUGACCUGGUCUUGGUGUCGCACUUCCACCUGGACCACAUCGGCGCUCUGCCGUAUCUCACCGAGCGGACCAAGGGCUUCAAGGCCCCGGUAUACAUGACUCAUGCUACCAAAGCCAUCGGGCAUCUACUCAUCAAGGAUUACCUGCGUGUCAGCGGGAGCCUCAUCAAUGAUGCUGAUGAGUCAUCCUCCUCGCACCUGCUUCCCUUCAAUGAGACUGACAUGAUCCGGUGCUUCCACCGCGCGCGUGAGGUGAACUUCCACCAAUCGGUCACCGUGGCCGGGGUGCGUUUCAGUGCGGCCUACGCCGGGCACGUCCUUGGCGGGGCGGUUUUCUCGUUGGAGUUCCCGGGCGGCGUGCGGGUGGUCUACACGGGUGACUACUCGCGCGAGGAGGACCGCCACCUGCCGGCGGCCGAGCUCCCGGCCCUGGUAGGCAACCCCGGCGAUGGAGCCGCCCCCGGGGUGGAUGUCCUCAUUUGCGAAAGCACCUACGGCAAGCAGGACCACAUGCCGCGCGCCGAGCGCGAGCAGCUCCUCACCGCGGCCAUCCGGACCACGGUGCUGGACCGAGGCGGCCGGGUUUUGCUGCCGGUCUUCGCCAGCGGCCGUGCGCAGGAGCUUCUCCUCAUCCUGGAAGAGUACUGGGCCUCGCAUCCGGAGCUUCGCCAUGUGCCGGUGUACUAUGCCUCGGAGCUGGCGGAAAUGUGCCUCCGGGAGUACCGGCGUUGGACGAACUCCAUGAACGACCGCGUUCGCCGGGCCAUGAAUGUCGAGCGUCGGAAUCCCUUUGUCUUCCGGCACAUUACCUCGCUGACCAACCGAGCGGCCGAGCUGCUGGACGGCCGUGAUGGCGGCCUGCCAUGCGUGGUGGUGGCCAGCCCGGGCAUGCUCCAGAGCGGCCUCUCGCGGCAGCUUUUCGACGCCUGGUGCGAUGACGAGCGGAACAUGGUCAUCAUCGCGGGCUACUGCGUGGAGGGAACUCUGGCCAAGCACAUCCUCAAGUCCCGGUCGGACAUCACCACCCUCGAUGGCCGGCAGAAGCCCCUGAAGAUGGACGUCCGGUCGAUCUCCUUCUCGGCACACGUGGACUUCACCCAAAACGCCGGGUACAUUGCCCAGGUGGCCCCGGCGCAUUUGGUCCUGGUGCACGGCGAGCGGGGUCAAAUGGACCGCCUUGCGUCACAGCUCCAUGCCAUGGCCGAGGGCAGCCUCUCGGUGGCCGGCGUCGGGCCCAUGCGCCCGGACAUGGUCAUUCACACGCCGGAAAAUACGGAGGCAGUUUCGCUGCGGGUGCAGAUGCCCCAAGUGGCCACGGUGGUUGGCAAGCUGGCCGACCGGGUGGCCGUGCAGCUGGGCCCCGAUGGCGAGGUCGAAGGCCGGGAUCCCGGCACCGCCUCGGCCCGUGCCGGCCCCGACGCCGACAAUGUCCUGGUGGAGGGGGUCCUGGUCCGGCGCAACUACCAGGCCCACCUCCUGGCACCGGAGGACGUGGAGGCCUUCACCUCGCACGUGGUGCACAUCGGCGGCGCGGUGGCCCAGUCGCUGACCGUGCCCCUGGCCCCGCCGGCUGGCACCCGGCCCCCUUCCUUCGGGGCGCCGUCCAAACCGGGGGCCGAGCCGCCGGCAAGUGGCCGGAUCUGGCGCCGGGUGGUCCGAGCCCUGGCGGCCAUCUACUCGGUUCGGCCUCUGGUCGACCCGGCCGAUCGCGGGGUGGACAUGCGUCGACUGCCGGACUCGGUGGAUUUCGAGGUGAUGGAAACCGUCCGGCUGUCAUAUGUCCCGCCUCCGGCCGACGAUUCGAAGGCCCUGCUUGCCGAUCCGGAUCUGGCCUUCGGAAGUGUGGAGCUCAGCUGGACGGGUGCCGGGUCCACCGGGAACGGGGCCCUGGCGGAUGUCAUCGCCGAUGCCGUUGUUGCGAUCAUCCUCCGGGUGACUUCCUCGCCGCUGGGAGCCCCCGCGCGGCCGGCCCGCGUGGCGGCCAAGUAGCUCCCACAUGGCUGGGACGCGUCUCCCCUGGCGGCCUCGCUUUGCUCUUCUCCCAAAAUAUAGACUUUUCCCCC